AUGACCACGCCCAUACCACAGCCCCCUGCUAUACCGUUCCUCGGGAACGUUGGUAACAUUGACACUGAACUACCUAGUAGAUCUUUCACCCUCCUAGCUAAGCAAUAUGGCGAAAUAUUUGCACUCAACCUUCUUGGAAAAUCGGUAGUAGCAAUUUCCUCGGUCAAACUCGCGCAGGAGGUUCUCGACGAAAAAAGGUUCCAUAAGGCAAUCGGGACUGCAUUAGUUGAAGUUCGAAAUCUCGUAUCUGAUGGUUUGUUCACCGCUUAUCAUGGUGAAACCAACUGGGGCAUCGCUCACCGUAUCUUGAUGCCUGCAUUUGGCCCUCUUUCCAUUAAGGGGAUGUUCGAUGAUAUGCUUGACGUCAUCUCUCAACUUGUUCUCAAGUGGGAACGCUUCGGACCAGAGCAUGAGAUAGACCCUACCGAUGACUUCACUCGACUUGCCUUCGAGACCAUCGCGCUAUGCACGUUCAACUACAGACUGAACACGUUCUACACCGAGGGCGAGCCUCCGUUCGUCAAGGCCAUGGGCGACUUCCUCAAGGAGUGCUUCCUGCGCUCUCGCCGACCAACCCUCGUGCAAGCCUUGUCGUAUGGAGCGAACGCAAAGUAUGCUGCAGACAUGGAGAUCAUGAACCAACUUGCAAAUAAGAUCGUAAAGGACAGGAAAGAUCAUCCGUCGGACAAGAAGGACCUGCUGAACGCCAUGCUGCUUGGCAAGGACCCGCAGACGGGACAAGGGCUGAGCGAAGAGAACAUCAAGGCGCAGAUGCUGACGUUCCUGAUCGCUGGACAUGAGACGACAUCCGGGAUGCUGUCGUUUGUGAUGGCGCAUGUGAUGAAGAAUCCUGAUGUGUAUGCGAAGAUUCGGAACGAGGUGGACAGUGUUCUAGGAGGAGAGCCGAUCAGGUUUGAGCACCUGAGCAAGCUGACAUACAUUAACGCCGUGUUGCGAGAGUCACUCCGUGUCACACCAAGUAUCGGGCAAUUUGCCGUCACCCCUCACAAGGAUGAGAUAAUCGGGGGUGGAAAGUACUUGAUCAAAAAGGACACAAUUGUGAUUGUGCUAGCUGCGGAUAUCGGCAAAGAUCCUACAGUUUGGGGAGAGGAUGCGGACACAUUUAAGCCAGACCGGAUGCUGGACGGAAAAUUCGAAGCUUUACCGCCUAAAGCAUGGUUGCCCUUCGGAAAUGGCGCCCGCGCAUGCAUUGGCCGCCCUUUUGCUUGGCAAGAAGCCCUGAUUGCGAUUGCGACCAUAUUCCAGAAGUUUGACUUCAAGCCCAGCGACGAGUCAUACACUCUGCAGCUCAAGCAAACGCUUACGCUGAAGCCCAAAGAUUUCAAGUUCCACGCAAUCCCUCGCAAGGGUGCACCAUCGUUCUCAGUCGCGGCUGCAUCAUCUCAGUCUACAAACGGUCCGACGCCUGGAAAAGAGGUUGUUGAUGGAGAAUCGAAGGGGAUUCCCCUGUACGUAUUCUACGGAAGCAACACCGGGUCAUGUGAAGGGUUUGCGCAGAAUAUCGCGUCAGAGGCCGCUAGCAAAGGAUACCGUGCUACGAUUGGUACCUUAAACAGUAUAAUUGGUAACAUUCCCAAGGACGGCCCUGUAACCAUCGUCACCGCUUCUUUCGAAGGCGAGCCUGCAGAUAACGCCGGUCACUUUGUCGAGGUCCUCGUCAACUCUACCGACACAAAGGACCUCCAAGACGUCUCCUUCGCUGUCUUUGGCGCCGGAAACCACGACUGGGUCCACACCUAUCAGCGCAUCCCACGCCUCAUCGACGACACACUCGAGAAAAAGGGUGCCAAGCGCCUGCUUGCACGUGGAGAGGGCGAUGCUGGCGGCGAUCGCUUCACUGAGAGCUUCGAGGAGUGGGAGGACCAGCUGUGGCAGGCCCUGUCGAAAGAGUACAGCGUGGAAGCAAAGGAAGGGUCGAGUGGUCCGACCGUCGAGGUGAAGCUUGUGGGUGCGCCGACGGACCGAGCAGCGACGCUUCGUCAGCCAGACUCGAGGCUGGGUCUGGUGGUCGAGAACCGGCUGCUUACUGCGGCUGAUGCCCCCGCCAAGCGUCAUAUUGAGUUUGAGCUUCCGGAAGGCAUGAGCUAUCAGGCCGGAGACUAUCUUGCAAUCCUGCCAUCGAACCCGCCUGAGUAUGUGCGUCGAGUGCUUGCGCGGUUCAAGAUCUCGCCGGAACAAGAGAUCGUACUGAAUGUCGCCGGGCCUACGACACUGCCUACAGGAAAGCCAGUGAGCAUCUCAGAGGUGUUGUCAGGCUUUGUGGAGAUCGGACAGGUUGCGACGAAGCGCAACGUGUCUACUCUACUCGAGCACGCCAAAGACCCUGCCACACGCGCGGACCUGGAAGCGCUGGUCAGCGCAUACAGUGUGAAAGACGGCCAGCCGACGACCAGCAGCAUGUUAGACCUGCUGGAGAAGUAUGCGGACAUAGAUCUGCCUCUUGGGGUGUUCAUCGCAUCCCUACCCGCGAUGCGGCUGCGCCAGUACUCGAUCUCGUCGUCCCCGCUGUGGAACCCGUCGCAUGUGACUCUGACGGUGGGUGUGGUGGCGCAGGGGCAGUUCCUGGGAGUGGCAUCGAACUACCUGGCGAACCUGCGGAAGGGAGACCGUGUGCAGAUGUCGGUGCGGCCGUCGUCGAAGGGGUUCCAUCCGCCAAGUCAGCCGGAAGUGCCGAUGGUGCUGUUCGCUGCGGGGUCGGGACUUGCACCGUUCCGAGGGUUCAUACAGGAGCGGGCGAUGCAGAAGCAAGCGGGGCGAGAGGUAGGGAAGUGCGUGCUGUUCUUUGGAUGCCGGAAGCCGUGGGAAGACUAUCUGUACUCGGAAGGAGAGCUUGGGGAGUGGUCGAAGCUGGGAGUGGUGGACGUGCGACCUGCGUUCUCACGUGCUGCCGAGGAGUCGGAAGGGCAGAAGUAUGUGCAAGAUCGUGUAUGGCAUGAUCGUGAGGUUGUGCGAGAGUCCUAUGACAAGGGUGCCAAGUUCUAUACGUGCGGCGGGAACCACGUUGCAAUGGGGAUCCGGGAUGCGUGCAUAAGAAUCAUUGCUGAGGGCAAGGAGGGGAUAGAUCAGGAGCGUGUGGAGGAAAUCUGGAAGAGGAUUCAAUCUGAGCGCUAUGCAACAGACGUUUUUGGAUAA